AUGUCGCCAAAAGGCGAUCGCCAAUCUAUUAAGAAACUGCGAAAAUCGGAUAUUUCUGCCAGUCCUCCGAGACUCGCUCGACCUUCCCGCCUGAUGAGGUUUAUAUCUUCUAGUUCUGUUCUCUAUCGCCAUCGGCUUGGCACCUCUAUCACAAAGGCUGAAGGUUUCCCCGCGUUUCGGCAAGCCUUCCGAACAGCGUUAUCGCCACCAAAACAACAAAAACAACACUUGGUCAGAAUGUCGUCUACAGACACAAACACAGGAUACAGACAAGCCAAAGACUGGAAUGCAACUCAAUAUCUCAAAUUUGAACAAGAGCGCACUCGACCUGUUCAUGAUCUUCUGGCUCAAAUCCCUAUUUCUUCUCCACGACGCGUGGUGGAUCUAGGAUGUGGCCCUGGUAAUUCCACGGAGGUGUUGGCGGCACGAUGGCCUAACGCGCAGGUCUCAGGCAUGGAUUCAUCGCCUGAUAUGAUUGAAAAGGCUCGCGGAAGACUACCAGAUACGAAAUUCGAGCUGGGUGAUUUGAAUACAUGGGCGCCUACCGACAACAAGGAAAAAGUAGAUGUGUUCUUUUCGAAUGCAGUGUUCCAAUGGGUUCCGUCUGAGAAGAGAUUGCCGCUUAUUGCUCGGUUUAUUGAGAUGCAGGCUCCUGGCGGUGUAUUUGCCUUUCAGGUUCCUGAUAAUUUCCUCGAGCCAUCGCAUGCCAUGAUGCGUGAGACGGCUUCCGAUGCGGAUAAGCCGUGGUUUCCUGUUCUUCAAAACCGCCAACCGGCACUUGCGCGGUUCCAGUCUACACAGGAAAUCUACGAUGCAUUGAUCCCGUUAUGUCGGAGUCUUAAUAUAUGGCAUACACACUAUUACCACAUCCUGGAGAGUCAUGAGGCAGUUGUCGAAUGGGUCAAGGGGACGGGGUUGAGGCCGUUUAUUGAUCCGCUAUCAGAGGAGGAUAAGAAAGGGUUUGUAGCGGCGUAUUUGGAGCGGUUGAAGAAGGUGUAUUCUGUAUCAGUGGAUGGGAGGGUCCUCUAUAAGUUUCCGAGAUUGUUUGUUGUUGCUGUUAGGAAGUAA